UGAGCACAUGUCGUCUGGCAAUACUAAGCUAUAAUUAGUGAAAUAAAAAGGAAAGAAAAUUCCUAAACCCUAAACCCAAGUCGCGAGCCCUGCGGCCGCCUGCCCGCCCUGUUCUUAAUCUAUUUUGAAGAAGCUUGAAGUUCCACCUGCAACUCCUUGUCUCCAUCACCUGCAAUGGGGAAGAAUAAGCAGAAGAUAGUUCUCCCGCCAGAGCUCCCACCUGAAGUUCCAGACGAAGAAGUUGAAAUAUCGGAUGAUGACGUCCAGUUCGUUACUGAAAAUCGGGAAUAUGCCAGUUUGUUGAAGAAUCUAGACACGAAAUCAAUUGAUAAGCAUGUUACUCGCAUUGCGGAUGUAAAAGAAGAUGCUGUGGAAGCUUUGUAUGAAGAGAGAACAAGAAAAAGAUCACGCCCUGAAGAAAAGGAGGAGGAUACAAUUGAGGUUGAUCGCGUGGAUGCACUUCCUGUGAAGACCUUAGAUGGAAAACUUUAUUACAGGACAUUGCCAAAGGAACCAAAAAAAGCUGAAGGCAAACGGGAUGACGAUGGUGCUGUUGGUGAUGGAGAUACGGGUGGAAAUACAGUGAAACUGAGCAAGGCAGAGAAGCGUGCAAAGCUUAAGAAAACGAGAAAAGAGGCAAAAAAACAAGCAAAGGAAGGGGUUAAUCUGGAGGAAGUGCAUCAAACCCCUCAGACAGAUGUGUUGGAUGAGGUGAGAAAGGAUUUGACAGUUGAAGAAGACAAUGAGAGAAAGAAGUAUAAACUUGCUGAGCUAGGUACAGCCUUGCUGAUGGAUCCAGAAACAAAUAUCAAAUCUCUCAAGGAGAUGAUGCAAAUUUCUAAAGAUGGAGAUCAUAUCAUAGUCACACUUGGACUCAAAUCUUUGCUGGCUGUUUUCAAAGAUAUCAUUCCUGGCUACCGCAUUAGGCUGCCAACAGAAAAGGAGCAGGAAAUGAAAGUUUCAAAAACUAUUAAGAAAAUGCGGUUUUAUGAAUCAACCCUCUUGUCUUCAUAUAAGGCAUAUGUGCAGAAGCUGAUAGCACUAGAAAAGCAUGCUGUUUAUAAACGUGUGGCUAUGCGUUGUAUCUGUACGUUACUUGAGGCAGUUCCACACUUCAACUUUAGGGAAAACCUGGUAACAGCAGUUGUAAGGAACAUAAGCUCUCAGGAUGACAUAAUUAGAAAACUUUGCUGUGGAACUAUUAAGUUGCUUUUUACAAACGAGGGGAAACAUGGUGGUGAGGUUACUGUGGAGGCUGUUCAAAUGAUUGCAAACCUUGUCAAAACUCACGAUUGCCAGUUGCAUCCUGAUUCCAUAGAGGUUUUAUUAUCCCUAUCUUUUGAUGAAGACCUUGGGAAGCCUGAACCUUCAGAUGCAGAUAAUAAAACAAACUCCAAAAAAUCUAAGACAAAGAACUUUAAGGAGUUGAAUCAUGCCUCGGAGAAUGAGAAAAAGAAAACUAGGCAAGAAAUGAUGUCAAAGACAAGAGAGGAGAUCAAUGCAGAACUAAAGGCUGCAUCAUUUGCCAAAGACGUGGCAGAGCAGAGGAGGAUGCAAUCUGAGACACUAUCAGCUGUAUUUGAGAUAUUCUUCCGUGUCCUGAAGCAUGCUAUACAACCUAGGUCAGAGACAAAUGCCUCUCCUGCAUUAUGCGGCCAUCCUCUGCUUGCUACUUGUCUGAAAGGAAUUGGGAAAUAUUCCCAUUUAAUUGACUUGGAUUUUAUGUCUGAUCUUUUGAAAUAUUUGAGAAAGCUUGCUGGAGGGGUUGUUGACGGAAAUGGCUCUGCUGGAAACAGUUCAACACAUUUGACAGUUACUGAAAGGCUGCAAUGUUGCAUUGUUGCUUUUAGAGUCAUGAGAAACAAUCUAGAUGCAUUGAAUGUUGACCUUCAACACUUCUUCGUCCAGCUUUACAAUCUGAUAAUUGAGUAUAGGCCUGGAAGGGAUCAGGGUGAGGUCUUAGCUGAAGCACUGAAGAUAAUGCUGUGUGAUGAUAGGCAGCAUGACAUGCAAAGGGCUGCAGCUUUUAUAAAACGUCUAGCUACAUUCUCUCUGUGUUUUGGUUCUGCCGAGUCCAUGGCUGCCCUGGUUACAUUAAAGCAUUUGCUCCAGAAGAAUGUUAAAUGCCGGAACUUGUUAGAAAAUGAUGCUGGAGGUGGUUCUGUUUCAGGUGCUAUUGCGAAAUACCAUCCUUAUGCUUCAGAUCCAAACCUCAGCGGGGCACUUGCCUCGGUCCUUUGGGAGCUGAAUCUUUUAUCAAAACAUUAUCAUCCCGCUGUUUCCUCAAUGGCAUCUGGCAUUUCAAUGAUGAGCGUGGCAAAUAACCAGGUUCUUCAUUCCAACACCUCUCCUCAGCAGGCAUUCAUGGAAUUAUCACUUGAAAAGAAGUCAUUCAUCCCAGAGAGUGAUAGUAAAAGACCAACCAUUAAGCGGAAAAAAGGAGCCCCUUCUCACCACCCUGCUACCACGGGACUGCCAAACCUAGAUUUGAUAACUCAGGUGGAUCAAACUGCGGUUAGCAAGAAGCUAUCUGAACAUUUCCUUCUAAUCCGUGACAUAACCGAAAAUGAAAGACUAAGGAGUGAAUUAGAUCGCACAACAUCGUCAUUGGAGCUCUUCGAACAAUUUAGAAAACAGAAGAGAAGAAAAACCAAGUAGUUGAAACUUAACUCUUUUUGGAAGGAGUAGUAGUUUUGCCCAUUGAAGUGUAAGCUUUCCAAUACGUUUUGUUAGAAAGUGUUAUAGCCAAACAAUUUGUCUAAUUCUUAUUGUACACACAAGAUUUGCUCAUAUCAUAUUUUUUUUCCUCUUUAGAAGGAAUGAAUGAGUUCCCAUUGUAUUUGCACACUUACAACUUGCAAUUUCCUCCUUUUGGACCAUAAAUUUCAGUUUGAAAAUC